AACACAAAUCGUAGUGUAAUGAACAAGCACAAACAGAUUGACUAAGAGAAAGCAAAAGGCAACCAUGAUCUUGCAUGGCCUUUGUUUCUUAGUAUUCCUAUCCGCAACACAUGCAGUUAAAUUCAGUGUCACUAACAACGCACUUACAACUCCCGGUGGUGCGGCUUUCCGUGACAAAAUAGGAGCUGCAUAUGCCCAGCGAACACUUAUCGCUGCCACCCGAGUCACACUGAAGGACAUCUUUCAGCAAAACAACCUUGCUGACAGAAAAAACGUGCAGAAGAUAAGCUUAUUUGUUGAUGACAUGGAUGGAGUGGCUUAUACUAGCAACGAUGAAAUUCACGUGAGUGCUAAAUAUGUUGGAAAGUACAAGGGGGACGUGAAGACAGAGAUUACAGGGGUGCUCUAUCAUGAAGUUGUCCACGUUUGGCAGUGGAAUGGGAAUGGUGGUGCUCCUGGUGGAUUAAUAGAAGGUAUUGCAGACUAUGUGAGGCUGAAGGCAAACUAUGCACCUAGUCACUGGGUAAAACCAGGACAAGGACAGAAAUGGGACCAGGGUUAUGAUGUUACUGCUCAUUUUCUGGACUAUUGUGAUAGUCUCAAAAGUGGGUUUGUGGCACAACUGAACAAGCUGAUGAGGAGUGGUUAUAGUGAUCAAUUCUUUGUUCAGUUACUGGGAAAGCCUGUUGAUCAGUUGUGGCGAGACUACAAGGCUAAGUAUGGCAAUAUUGCCUAAGACUAAGAGGGUUAGCUUAGCUAGCUAAAAGCUUUAGUUUAAAUAAUAAGCGACUAUAUAUUUAUCGCAAUCUUUUCUACCAGAUUAUAUCAACUCUUGGUAUUCUCUUAUCAUGUAAUGGGAAGUUUCAUAUAUAUGGCGAGAAAAUAAAAACAAUAAUAUUCCGUCUUUUGAA